AUGGAGUAGCAACUUAGGUAGCUAAUAAGAUCACAGAUUUAAAAUUCAGUAUGCUAGGAAAUUCUCCGCCAAUCUUAACUAAACUCAAGAAGAGACUCACUAAGUGAAUCAUAGAUGUAAGAAUUUUCAAGAUAAGGAGAAGAGUCGAAUCUAUUCUUGAAAUCUGAGUUGUAAUUAUCGUAAUAUAAUUUAGAUGAUGAGAUUGAGAUCAAGUUAGAAAAUUUAUCUUCAAAAAUGAUGUAAUAAGACCAAUUAUAUGAGUAUAAAAUUGAAGAUGAAUUGUAGGAUAAAAAAUUAGAGUAGGGAAAAGAUUAGGAGAGAAAUUCUGAUUAUUUAUAAAAUAUCAAUGAGAUUAUUGAUGAGAUAGUAGAAAAUUAAGUUUAAUAGGAAUAGUAAAGAGUAGAUGAUAAAUUUACCGAGGAUAGAUAACAAGUUACUAAGGUCAUAGAAGAAUAAAAGCAAGAAAUAUAGGUGAUUUAUCAAUUCAAAAAUAGUAUGGCUUAAGUUAAACCACUUCAAGAUUUCAUCACGAAAACCAAAACUGGUUAGGAAAUUUAUCUUAGAUGGUAAAUAAAAAAUAAAUCUAAAAAGGCAUGGCCAUAAUAUCCUUACCUUAAAAACAACUCUGAAAAUAUAACUGAAUAAGAAAAAAAUUAAAGCAUUGUCUAGGAAAAAAUUUUACAGCCAGGAGAAUCUUAUGAAAUAGUUCAUAGUUUGACUAUUCCUUUAGAUUUUGAGGAAAGAUUAUAUACCCUCAAUAUGCAUUUAAUCGAUCCAUUAACCAAUGAAAGAUUCGGUGAUUAGAUAAUUGCAGUAAUAGAGAUAAUCAAUUAGGUGUAUUCUUAGAGUCUAGCCCAAUCUUAUUAUAUCGAUGAUACAGCUGCUCAUUAGCAUGAAAUGAUGAUGGAUGAUGAUUAAUUAUAGGAGUCUGUUGUAAUUGAAGAGGAUAAUGAAGAAAAUUUAGAAGAAAAUAAAGGGGUAUCUUAAUAACUAUUUGAAGAACUUAAAAUAAACACCUAUCAAGAUUAGGUGAAAUUAAAUGAAUUAGAUGAUGAUGACUAACCCCUAUAGUUUGAAAUACAAUAUAAUGAUCCUCUUGACAUAAAUAAGCAUCUCUUACUUAUAGAUAGCAUAAUGAAUGAAAUGUAAGAUGUGGAUAUUGAUAUGAGAUAAUCAUUUUAAUCAAACUUUUCAGUCGAGGAUGAGAGGUAAAAUUUGUUGGAAUAAGAAAGAAGAGAUAGAGAAGAGUAGAUGAAGAGAUUCCAUAGCAUAAUUGAUGAGAUAAAUAUGGAUUUCUAGAAGCCAAAGAAGGAUGAGCAUAAUGACGAACAAAAAGAAGAAGUCAAAAUGGAAUAGGAAUCGAAAUAAAAUAAUAAUGAUAGCAAUUCAAUCCUUGCCACCUAAGGAAUGAAUUCUCUUCUAUACAACUAAAUUUUUGGAUUUUCAGCUUUCAGUAAGAGAUUAGGAGUCUACUCUUAUAAACUUGGAAGACCAAGUAGAAACAAGAAUCCUCACGCUAUUCCUUAUCAUAUCAAACAACAGCAAAAGUUAAAGGGUUAUAAAGGUGCUAUUAAGAUAAGGGAAAUGGAAAGAAAUUCAGACAGGCCUUUCGGUAGAAUCAGCAAGAAAGGUAACUUCAUUUUCUAAAUUGAAAAGGUUCCUUUCUUUAAUGUUCCCGAUCUGGCCAACUUUAAGCUUCUACCCUACGUGUCUCAUACUACUCCAAAGGUAAAUGAGAAUGACAAAGUUAAAAAAUAGAUUAAAAUGACUACUGAAAUUCUAGAGGAUAUAGAAGUUUAAAUAAAGAAUGCACCAAAAGGAAGUUUAGUACCCUAAUAAAACUUAGACCCAGUCUCCCAACUCCAAAGAAAAAAAUGA